AUGCCUGAAGCCACCGUCAAAGCGCCCAAGAAGGGCUCCAAGAAAGCCGUCAAUAAGACCGUGACUAAGACCGGCAAGAAGAGGCGCAAGUCCAGGAAGGAGAGCUACGCUAUCUACGUGUACAAGGUGAUGAAGCAGGUCCACCCCGAUACCGGCAUCUCCUCCAAGGCCAUGGGCAUCAUGAACUGCUUCGUGAACGACAUCUUUGAGCGCAUCGCCGGUGAGGCCUCUCGUCUGGCUCACUACAACAAGCGCUCCACCAUCACUUCCAGGGAGAUCCAGACCGCUGUCCGCCUGCUGCUGCCCGGCGAGCUGGCGAAGCACGCGGUGUCUGAGGGAACCAAGGCUGUGACCAAGUACACCAGCUCCAAGUAA